AUGAAUUGGCUCCUCUUUUUGGCAACUUUAGGGCUUCAAAUAGCCACCCAGCAGGCCCAUGCCCAUAACACAACCUAUAAUAACCCCAUCAUUCCCGGAUGGCAUUCUGAUCCUAGCUGCACGUUUGUAUCAGAAUGGAAUAACACCUUCUUCUGCACCACAUCUUCGUUCCUAGCCUUCCCAGGUUGUCCCGUGUUUGCAAGCACAGAUCUGGUCCACUGGGAUCUAAUCAGCAAUGCCCUCAACCACCCAGCACAGCUUCCACAGAUUCAAACCUCGACAAACGCCCAGAUGCUGGGGAUCUUCGCUUCCACGCUACGCUACCAUGAUGGCAAAUUCUACUUGCUCACCGCAUGGUUGGAUACGGACAACGACGGCGUGCAGUUUGUCCUGUUUACGACCACUAAUCCAUAUGAUGAAAAGUCAUGGACAAACGCGUUCCAUAUUCAGAACCCCUUGAGCGCCAUUGAUCCAGACCUCUUCUGGGAUGAUGAUGGCAGCGUUAUUAUGGCGUUUUCCGGUUCGCCCAUUAAAGCAUCCUAUAUUGACUUGACAACUGGGAAUGCGAGUGAACCGUUUGAUCUGUGGAAUGGCACUGGCUACAACAAUCAAGAGGGACCCCAUCUAUACAAGAAGGAUGGCUAUUAUUAUCUCCUCAUCGCCGAGGGAGGCACGGAACUACUUCAUUCUUCUACAAUCGCUCGCUCGAAGAGCAUCAAGGGCCCUUGGGAAAGUUCGCCGCACAAUCCCUUGGCCUCAGCCAGAUAUACGGAUCGCUACUUCCAGACAGUGGGCCAUGCGGACCUUUUCCAAGAUGCUACAGGUAAUUGGUGGGGUGUUGCACUGGCAACUCGAGCCGGACCAGAGCUAUAUAAUGAGACCAUUUAUCCGAUGGGUCGAGAGACGGUUCUAUACCCAGUGAGCUGGCCAAAGGGUGACUGGCCACGAGCUGAUCAGGUCAUGGGUGAAAUGAGUGGUCCCUUGCCGCCGAAAUCCUCCAAGAAAUCUUCCCUGUCCACAUUCAUGGGAGAAGCAGAUAUCGUGGACUUUGUCCCGGGAUCCUCGAUUCCCAAGCAUUGGGUCUUUUGGCGAGCACCAGCGAAGCCGGAGUCCUUCACGAUUUCUCCUCCGGGACAUCCCAAUACCCUCCGGUUAACUGCGUCCAGAGCUAAUCUCACUGGAGACGCAUCUUUUAAAGCUCUCGAUGGUCUGACUCUACUGGCUCGCCGCCAGACAAACACCCUCUUCGACUUCUCCGUGGACGUGCAUCCUGGUUUCUACAAAGCCCAAGGAGAAGAGAUUGGCAUAACUGCUUUCCUGCAUCAAGAUCAUCAUAUCGACCUAGGAAUUGUCUUCACGGGAGGAUCCCUAGAAUCCAAAGGAAACCUGAGCUUCCGUUGCCGAGCUACUGACUCGGAUGCGACCAAUUCCACCCUCCCAUCUCCUGUGGUGACACCCGUUCCCUCGUCGUGGCUAUCAGAAACCAUUCGUCUCUUUAUUCGGGCUGAGAAUAGCACUCAUUAUCAAUUGUCAGCAGCGCCAGCUACUCGACCUCGCGAGUCCAGACUUUUGGCGAUAUUCAGUGGGUCACUCAUCAGUGGUCCUGAUGUUUUCACUGGUAAUUUGCUCGGUGUUUAUGCUACUACCAAUGGUGGGAACCAUACUAUGGAAGGGUAUGUUAGUCGAUGGAGAUACACACCCAUCGCUCAGCAGAUCGACUACGACGAUUUUAUACAAAGCCCGGGUGUUUGA